AUGGAUGGCAUUCCUGAGAAUGCGGAAACUAAACAAUCUGCCUGCAUAGACAGCCAGGUACCAAAGGACUCCCAAACGGCAUCAGAUUUCAUCAAUCAACAGUUAGCCCUCGAGGCUGAUGCUCGAGAAGUCCUUCCCUAUAAAUUCGACAAAUGCACGAACGUCCUUGGGCCUCUCCGCCAGAAUGUGUUUGCAUGUCUCACAUGUAGUCCGCCGCCUGCCUCUGAGGCGCAAGUCUAUGUCCCCGCUGGAAUUUGCUACUCGUGCUCUAUCUCCUGCCACGGCGAGCAUACCCUCGUUGAACUAUUCAGCCGGCGCGACUUCGUCUGCGAUUGUGGCACAAGCAGGCUGCCCUCCAGCUCGCCCUGCACUCUUCGAUCCGAUUCCCGGACAGGAAAUAGAGGGGUCCAUUCCCAAGAACCCAGACAGGGUAAUCAUUACAAUCACAACUACCAAAAUCGGUUCUGUGCGUGUGGAGAGGAAUAUGAUGCCGAAACAGAAAAGGGAACCAUGUUCCAGUGUUUAGGGUUAGGCACAGUUGAAACGGGCGGUUGCGGAGAAGACUGGUAUCAUCCCGAAUGCCUGAUGGGUCUAAGAAGAGAUUGGUUCAAGACCCAAGAUCCCAGGAAUCAGGCUUUGACGCAGAAAGAUGAGGAAGGAGAAGUAUCCCACCCGGUACCGCCAGGUUUCCCAGACGAGGACGAUUUUGACGCCAUGAUAUGCUACAAGUGCGUCGAAUCAAAUCCCUGGAUCAAGAAGUAUGCUGGUACUCCUGGCUUUCUCAAGCCGGUUUUUCGACAGGGUACGCCCGUGAGCACGAACACUAAUGGCACCAAUGAGCCCUCUUUACCAACGAACGGCACCAGCAACCUCAAGCGCAAGGCUUCCGACAGCGACCUAGAAGCAGGGGCCUCAAGCCCUUCAAAGCGUGUUAAGGAGGACGACGACCCUCCAACCUCUGCCACGACCGAACCCACAUCCUCCGUACCGUCAACUGAGACAAAGCCCACUCACAAACACGACUCCCUUCCCCCUGUACCAAAAGGAUCCUUCUCCUUAUUCCUCCAGCCGGAUUUCCGCGAUCACAUCUGCCACUGCCCGGCAUGCUACCCAAAUCUAAUCCCCCACCCACAACUCGUUGAGGAAGAAGACACCUACGAGCCUUCAAUUUCCUCGGCGUCCGGGUCGCACGCCGGUGCCGGCUCAGGAACCCGCUCCCAUGGGACCGCCAGCCUCCUAGAUCGCGGCGAAGCGGCACUCUCGACGAUGGACCGCGUCAAAGCCAUCGAGGGUGUCAUGGUCUACAACCACCUCCGGGAUAAGGUUAAGGAAUUCCUAAAACCGUAUGCCGAGAGCGGCCAGCCCGUCUCUGCGGAGGAUAUCAAGGCCUACUUUGAGAAGUUGCGUGGAGAUGAAGGUGGGAUUCGCGAGGCGAGUGCGAAGCCUGUCGACAGUGCUGGAGAGGGUAGCGGUGGUGGGAGCGAUAAUAGAAGGGAACAGUCUGGUUACUAA